UAUCUGUCUUGUAAAAGAAAAAUAAUCGUCUCAUGUUUACAUCAGACACAUCUCGUUGAACAAAACGUUUUAUCAGUUUAUCGUAAAGAAGUUUAAUUGCUGUAAUUAAACGAAAACACCCAUAAUGUGUUCGUAAAGUGUAAACAAUAGUUGCAGUAUUAGUUUUCCCACGUUGGCGCUCGGAGGGAAGAAAUCUGGCCACCUCAGGAACGUGUGAAAACGGGACACGUGUAAUUUACUUCUAGUCACGUUUGGAAAGGAAAUAGUCGAAUCAUACCGCGAGGGAGCCGAUUGAAUCAAUCCAGAGAGGCAGUGCCAGAUUGUCCCCGGAACCGAAACCCGUAAGCAAGCAAGCGAAACAUCGACAAUCAUGGAGGUGAACAAGGAUGAAGCAAAACGCUGCAUCGAGCUGGCAACUGCCGCCCUGAAGGCAGGCAAUCUGGAAAAGGCGGAAAAACUGUUGAAAAAAUCACAAAACCUGUACCCGCUGGCCCAGGCGGAAGAACUGUUGAGACGAAUGAAGACGACCGGAUCGAAACCCAGUGCAGGAGGAAACAACACGUCCGGAAAGGCGGGAGGGACAGCGAACGGCGCAUCUUCCGCUCGCAGACGUCCGGGAGUAAGCCGAGAGGAAGAGAAGCCAGCCGAACCGAAGCUAAACAUCGAUUACACCCAGGAGCAGGCGGAUGCGGUCAAGCGCGUCAAGAAGUGUAAGGACUUUUACGAAGUGUUGGGAGUAUCGCAGGAAGCAACCGAUUCGGAGAUAAAGAAGUGCUACAAGAAGCACGCACUGCAGCUGCAUCCGGACAAGAACAAAGCACCGGGCGCGAUGGAAGCGUUCAAGUCGCUCGGUAACGCGGUAGAAACGUUAACCGAUCCGCAGAAACGGAAAUCGUACGACCUGUACCGUACGACCGGAGGCGUAGGAGGAUUUGGCGGAUCGUCGGGCACACGGACGCGAACACCGAACGGAGGCUACCGGUACGGCCAGAACGGAUUCAACUUCCAGCCCGGCUUUGACGAUGGCAUCAAUACAAACGAUCUUUUCAACAUGUUCUUCGGCGGUGGUUUCCCACAGCAGCAGCAGCAGCAACAGCAGCAGCAACAGCAGCAUCACUAUUACCGAACGCGCACUGGUCGUCCCUCGCAGUACGAAGAUCGAGGCGUCACCCAGCCGAGUCUCAUCUUCGGGGUGAUCCUGUGCCUUGUGCUGUACUCGCUGUUGUUGAACUUUUUCGCAUCUGACCCGGUGUACAGCCUGCAGCACACGAGCAAGUUUUCGGUCGAACGGCGUACCCUCAACCUGAAGAUACCGUACUACGUGAAGAACAACUUCCUGAGCGAAUAUCAGGGCACGCUGAGUCGGCUGGAGCAUUCGGUCGAGGAAGAGUACGUGACGCACAUGAAGCGAGCCUGCAGCAACGAACGGGCGCAUCGGGAUGCGAUGAUGGGACGUGCGAAGAUAUUCGGCAGCCGGGCCCAGUAUCAGCAGGCCCAACAGCUAAAGGUUCCCUCGUGCGAUACACUGUACCGGCUGGGUAUCGGGGUGGUACAGUACUAGAAAGAUGGCAGGGGGAUCAUGGCAGCGUUAAGCAAUGUGGGAAAAACGAGUCAUGCGGUCAGUUUUUAGGAGACACACCUCUUUAUUGUUUUAAAACCUGUUUUAUUGUUUGUUUGCUCACUGCAUCACGCUUCGUUCCUACGUUCACAAUCGAUAGUUGAAUCUUUUGUUUUUCAUCAAACAAAGAAAACAAAAGCCAACCACCACUACCGCGUAAGGGGCAUUUGUUGGCAUCACCGCCAGCCAUCACUGUCUGUAGGGUAUUAUUCGGAUGUGGGUUAUGCGGUAGUCUGUAUUUAUUAUCCAAUAAAGUUGUUUUAAUAUUGUAG